AUGAUCUGGAUAACCACAGCUGUGGCGUCACUGCUUGCCACUGGAGCAUAUGCCGCCCCAGGAAGCAUUGGCGAUGCGUCUUUGGCCAUGAGCCGGACGGGUUUGGAGGCCCGGCUGGUCGAUGUCGCCAUGGACACGGUAGAGAGGAGGCAGGACACAGCUGUCUCGUUCAACUCAGCAGACUGGGAGGCUCAGACGAUGGCAGCCUGUACGGCAGCGUUAUCCCAACUUUCGGCCGCCACCAAUCCCUCCGGUACAGCGGUGUGCUACAAUCUCCCCCAGCUCGACACGAAUACCGGUAAAUUCAUGGCAGACCUACGCCUCUUCCAGGUAUCGACGCCAUUUGGAAACUUUCAGGACAUCGCACCUAAGGACGUGUCGGGUGGCGUCCAAUACUUCGGUGCUACUGCCGAAGUGGUCAGCCAGACGGUCAACGCCCGUGGGCUCAGUAGCAAGGCGCUGGCAAAGCGACAGACUUCCUCGCCCACACUGCUUCAGACCUACGUGAUGAAAGGUCAGAUCAACAAGGACCAGAUGGUGGAGCCGAUGACUCUUGGGGUCAUCGAGCCAUUGGUUAUGCCCGUGGUCACACUGUCGGCCAAGAAUGGAGCCGGUCAGACUGUUAGCACCAACGUGUCUUCGAACGAGGCUGCGUUUGUGAAUGGCAUUUUCUCAUCUGAAGUUGUUCUGUCCGACGUUGCACGUGCUUCAUUGGCAGUGGCAAACGUCACAGCCCAGCUACACAAUGGCACAAUUGCCUUCGUCGUUCCCGGUGUCAACAUCUUGAUUUUCCCCGUUGGCCUGGUCGUGACGGGUUUGUGGACUGUCAUCGGAGUGUGCGCUUAUGCGUUUGGAACGUAUGAAAGAUACGGCUACCGCGAAAUGUAUCGGAGAAGGAAGGCCCGGGAUGGCAAACCUGCGUCGGCGAGAAUAUGA